GAUAAAUCGUUUCAUCAUUUUCUUCAGUAUUAAGUCCAGCUUGUUAGCUAUUUGUAAUUGAAUUGAGUUGAACUCCGAAAACAAAACUUGCAAAUUGAUAUUAAAAGAACAAAAUCAAGUUGGUUGUUACAUUAGUGUGAUCAUGGGGGUAGACUACUAUAAGAUUCUGCAGGUUGAAAAGAGUGCCACAGAUGAUGACUUGAAGAAAGCUUAUAGAAAGCUUGCCAUGAAAUGGCACCCUGAUAAGAAUCCAAACAAUAAGAAAGAAGCCGAGUCUAAAUUCAAGCAGAUAUCCGAAGCCUAUGAGGUUCUGAGUGAUCCACAGAAGAGAGCAAUUUAUGAUCAAUAUGGAGAAGAAGGGCUAAAAGGGCAAGUGCCACCUCCAGAUGCAGCAGGUGCAGGUGGUGCUUCAUUCUUCCAAACUGGUAAUGGGGCAACAACGUUCAGAUUCAAUCCCAGGAAUGCAGAUGACAUAUUUGCCGAGUUCUUUGGAUUUUCAAGCCCCUUCGGGGGAAUGGGAGGUGGUGGUUCCGGUGCCGGUGCCGGUGCCGGUGCCGGCAUGAGAGGCGGUGGAACAAGGUCAUUUGGUGGAAUCUUUGGUGAUGAUAUAUUCAGUUCAUUUGGAGAAGGAAGGGCAAUGAGUCAGGGUCCACGGAAGGCACCUCCUAUAGAAAGAACAUUGCCUUGCACCCUUGAAGAACUUUAUAAGGGCACUACCAAAAAGAUGAAGAUCUCAAGGGAAAUUGCUGAUGCAAGCGGUAAAACUUUGCCGGUGGAGGAAAUCUUAACCAUAGAAAUAAAACCGGGGUGGAAGAAAGGGACAAAGAUAACGUUCCCGGAGAAAGGAAACGAGCAACCAAAUGUGAUUGCUGCAGAUCUUGUGUUUGUGAUUGAUGAGAAAGCACACCGUGUGUUCACAAGAGAUGGAAAUGACUUGGUUGUGACACACAAGAUUUCACUUUCUGAAGCUCUAACAGGUUACACUGUCCAUUUGAAAACUCUAGAUGGCAGGGUUCUUAGCAUUCCCAUAAACAAUGUGAUUCAUCCAAGCUAUGAAGAAGUGGUUCCUGGGGAAGGAAUGCCAAUUCCCAAAGAUCCUUCUAAGAAGGGUAACCUUAGGAUCAAGUUUGAUAUCAAGUUCCCAGCAAGGUUGACAUCUGACCAAAAGACUGGACUUAGGAAACUUCUGGGGCCAUAAUGGAAUUAGACCAGACUAUAUUAGAUUAGCCGUCUAAUCAUGUUGCAAAGUAUAUCUUUCUUGUGUAUAGUAAUCCUUGGUUUUUGACUUUUUGUACUGCGCUCUUUCAACAUGGUGCAUCAAGUUUAACAGAGUGGGUAUUCUCUUUUGGAUUCUUGAUUCGUUCCUCUUGUAUCCAAAUUUGAUAUAAGA